AUGCUUCUGAAAUUAGCUGGACUUUUGCUUGAACUCAUAUGGACAGGCAUAUGCGCCUACCAAACUCGAUGGUCGGCAAAGCGGCUACGCAAGAUAGCCAAUGCCAUCAAAGGGAAGAAGAGGGGUGUAAUAAGCAAGUCCACUUUCGGUGAUUUGCUUCACAUAUCUCCUCUGGUUCCUCCUCCGGAAGCGCUUCUAGAUUUCAUAGUUAUGAGGAUUGACACUAAGAAGUGUCUGCUCAAGUUAAAUGAUCGCAAGAAGACCCCCUUCACAAGACACAUGGUUAAGAAGAUAUUCAAUGUCCCAUCUGGUAGCAAAUCGCUAGAAUUCGGCAAGAGGGGGAAAGCAAAAUUCCGCGACGUUCAUUUGGAUGGUGAAAGGGCUACAAUAGCCACCACAGUAGCUGUUAUAUUAAAAGCGGAUGAUGACGAUGAGGAGACCAUUAACAGUUCAGCUUCGGUACACCUUACGCAACAUCAAAGUUUAUGUCAUAUAUGUAGAUCAACUUGCCCAAAGAUCAAUCCAAGGCAAUGUCCAGAGGAGCCGCCGAAAAUAAAUGACCAAGGUGGAGCUGUUGCGGCCGCAACACCCACUCUGGAUGUGCCUGAGAGCUCCCACACACAAGCCAAUCCACAAGGGGGAGCCAAUGUGGGCUCUCGAGAACCAUCUAAGGGUGGCAUGGAGGGUACCGAUGGCAUAGCAGAGAAUGUGCACGAGGCACCUCCGGAUAAGAUGGAGGAUGGUGAUGAUGUGUACAGCUCUCUGGAGGAGUGGCUCCACGCAUUGCCUACAUUUGAGGAGUUAGAGCUGUCUAAGCAACCGGAUGGCAUUCAUGGGACUACAACAACCGCUACAACCAGUGCCAGUGAAGUGUCUCCGCAGUAG